AGCCUCUUCAUCACUUUCUUCUUCCAUCGACAAUUCAGUACGCAUUUCCUUUGGUUGCUUGUCGAGUUUACCACAUCCCCAUUUACCUUUUCAUCAACCAUUCUCACAUAUCUUUCUAUGAUAUUUCUUUCGGCACUAUCUGAAUUGCAUCAAAGUGUUGAAGAAUAAGAACAAAACAGGUUAAUCUUUAAGUUGGAACUGCAACCCUUUAUCAAACACUUAUAUCUUGCUUUCAAGUCUGUGCUCCUUUAAAACGUGAAUGGUUUUAUGUGUACUUAAAUGUUCCAUUUGCCUUCAAACUUGAAUAAACUUUCCUUCUUUAUUGUCCCCAUUCUAUCUUCCAUUAUAAACUACUUUCUCAGAAUAAAGUUCUUUUCCAUUCCUUAAGUUCCUCAACUCAAAUUUUCUUACCAUUCAUCACAGACAAACUGUACACAUUCUGAAAUGAAUCUUAUACAAAAAACCCGUUUGAAGUUGCUACUACACUUAAACAUCUUUCUGCUUUGUCUUUACUGCACAAGUUCAUAUCCCACACCCAUGAAAUGUACAGACACAAGCCGUGUUUGCACUUCUUUCUUAGCCUUCAAGCCUCGACCAAACCAGACUUUGGCUAUGAUACAAAGCAUGUUUGACGUGCUGCCAGAUGAGGUCACUGUUGAAGGCAAUGGCUGGGAAUAUAUAUUCAUCAGGAAAAACUGUUCUUGUGCUGCUGGUAUGAAGAAGUAUGUGUCUAACACCACUCUCACUGUGAAAUCCAAUGGAGGGUUUGUGCAUGAUUUGGUAAUGGAAGCCUAUGAUGGGCUUGCUCUCUUGCCAAACACCACUCGUUGGGUUAGAAAAGGUGGUGUCAUAUCACUGAGCUUGUUCUGUAGCUGCUCCAGUGGACUUUGGAACUAUUUGAUGAGCUAUGUCAUCAGAGAUGGUGAUAGUGUUGAGUCACUAGCAAGCCGGUUUGGGGUUAGUAUGGAUAGCAUUGAGACAGUGAAUGCCAUUGACAAUGCUGAUACCCUCGCUGUUGGCUCUCUCUAUUAUAUACCUUUGAAUUCGGUUCCUGGUGAGCUUUACCACUUGAAGAAUGACACUCCUCCAGCUCCAACCCCUUCCCCAUCUGUUGAUAAUUUUUCAGCUGACCAAAUCAACCAUAAGGCUCGUGUAUCCCAUGAAUGGAUCGUUGGAGGUUUAGGGGUUGGUCUUGCUCUGAUAAUGUUAAGCAUUAUCCUAUGUGUGGCCCUGAGAUCACCCAAUUGUUUGAUUGAAGCCAGAAAUAAGGCAAAAGAUUCUGAAGGAAAGAUCUCUAAUAAGUUUUAUGUUUUUGGGAAUCCAAAUUUGUUUUGUGGAUGUGGCAAAUCUGUGGACCAGAAGCAAACUGACGGUGAAUCCAGUAGUCACCAAAUUACCAAAGCAUCAACCUUAAUACCUGACAUAUUGGACAUGGACAAGCCUGUAGUUUUUUCACAUGAAGAGAUUUUUUCCUCGACUGAUGGUUUCUCUGAUUCAAAUCUACUUGGGCAUAGAAAAUAUGGUUCAGUUUACUAUGGCCUCCUUCGUGACCAGGAAGUUGCUAUUAAAAGAAUGACAGGUGCUAAAACUAAAGAGUUCACAUCAGAAAUGAAAGUUCUGUGCAAGGUUCAUCAUGCUAAUCUGGUAGAAUUUAUCGGCUAUGCGGCUAGUCAUGAUGAGUUUUUCCUUAUUUAUGAAUAUGCUCAGAAGGGUUCACUCAGCAGUCAUUUGCAUGAUCCUCAAAAUAAUGGUCAUUCACCACUUUCUUGGAUCACAAGGGUCCAAGUUGCACUUGAUGCUGCUAGGGGCCUUGAAUACAUACAUGAGCAUACAAAAACUCGUUACGUCCAUCAAGACAUUAAGACAAGCAACAUUUUACUCGAUGCUUCCUUUAGAGCCAAGAUAUCAGAUUUUGGGUUAGCGAAACUUGUAUGUAAAACAAAUGCGGGAGAAACCACAGCAACCAAAGUUGUAAAUGCAUAUGGAUAUCUAGCUCCAGAAUACUUGAGCAAUGGCUUAGCAACGACCAAAAGUGAUGUCUACGCAUUUGGUGUUGUUCUUUUUGAGAUUAUAUCAGGGAAGGAGGCUAUUAUUCAAACACAAGGUCCUGAAAAACGAUCAUUGGCAUCUAUUAUGUUGGCAGUUCUCAGGAACUCACCCGAGUCCGUGAGCCUGUCAAGCACGAGAAACCUCGUUGACCCUAUUAUGAUGGAUCUGUAUCCCCAUGAUUGUGUAUUUAAGAUGGCUAUGUUGGCAAAGCAAUGUGUGGAUGAGGAUCCCGUAUUACGCCCUGAUAUGAAGCAAGUUGUGAUUUCCCUCUCACAAAUCAUGCUUUCUUCUGUUGAGUGGGAAGCGACUCUAGCUGGAAACAGCCAGGUAUUCAGUGGGCUUGUUCAGGGAAGAUAGUUUUACACACCAACA